CAACAAUGGACGAUGAAGAUGAUUUAAAAUCACCUUCAAAUGCAAUAAAAAUCAAAUAUGACCUUACAACUAUGAUAAAAAUAAAAAGAAAUCGUCUAAUCAAAUCCACUGAUAAAGGUGAUGACACUAAAAAAGGAAUAGAGGCUUGCAACAAUGUGGACAUUUUGAAUAAGUCUGAAUGGGGUGAGCGUGUGACGAAACUGGCUAGAACAAUAUUAAUUUUGAGAACAUUUAGUCAAAAUAAGGCUAUACCAAGUCCAGAAGAUGUAAGAAAGUUAAAUAUUCAUCUAAUAACAAGGUUGAAAGAUUUCCAAUAUAAGGAAGAUGUGUACAGCAGUCUAUGCACGAUUGCACAAGCCAGACUCCUCCUAUAUAACAAAAGAAGAUCAGGGGAAAUAGAUGCAAUGAGCCUCAAAGACUUUAACACAAAUAGAAAAACUGAAUUAAAUGAUGUAGACAAAUCACUAAUUGGAGACCUGUCAGACCUGGAAAUGCACCUUCUUAGCUCGCAAGAUCUGAUAAUCACCAGGGGUAAAGUAAUUCUCGAUUUAAAGGAAAACCAGCUAACUUGGCUGUGUAAUCAUUUAGGCCACACAAAGAAGGUUCAUCUGGAACACUAUCGCCAGAUGAGUGGUUUUAUAGAACGGGUUGAAAUAAGCAAAAUUUUAUUAAUACAGGAUAUGAACUUGACAGAAAAGUUCAAAGGGAAAACGCUCAAAGCUGUUUCUAUGAAAGACAUAAUCAAUAGCAAUCAAGGUCAAGGUGAACAGGAAGAGGAAGAGGAGGAUGAUGCACAAAAAGCAGCACAAAGUACUCUUGAAGCACUUGAAGACCCAUGUCCACAAGACAUAGAUGAUUAUAUUCCAGAUGAAUAUUACUUUGACGAGGAAAAUCAGGACUAUGCAGGGGAGGGUAGUAGUACUUCAGUUAUUGUUAAAAAGAGAAAAUCUGCUAAAAAAUGUAAUAGAAUGAAAUGGACAGAAACCGAAGAAGAAGAAAUCAGAAUAUAUUUUAAGAAACAUCUGGCAGCAAAGAAAACUCCUCGAAAGGAGGAAUGUUUAAAGGUCUUAUCUAUCAGCAAAGAGAAAGGAGGACAGCUUCACAGAAGAUACUGGCAUACAGUAAUUAAGAAGGUUUCAAACAUGAAUAAAAAGGAUUGAUUUAUUUUGUAAUACUUAUGGAAGAUUUUUUUAGGACUGCCACAUUUUUUGUUUUUAAGCUGUUUUUAAGUUGUUCAUCAUGUAUUAUUAAGUCUCUCCAAACAAGACUUAUUGUUUUUGCUCAGUUCUUAUUAUUUUAUUAUUCUUCUUCUUUUUCUCCUUCUUCUUCUUCCGCCACUUGAACUAUGAACUUGUUCACGCUUGUCAGAUUAACUUAGGGUUUCAUAAAAUGUGAGAGGGGAGCCAUCAAUCUUUCUUUUGUGCAUUAGGGUCUAUUUAGGGGUAUUUUGAGGGGUCAAAAGCAGGGAGGGGUUUACUAUAGAACCCUAUAGGAUUUGUUUUUUUUUUAAUUUUCAAAUGACUAUAACUUAAAAACAGUAAGUG